UGUCAUUUUGACGUUCAACUUAUGACAGACACAACCCGAUAAACGGGCAUCGAUAACAACCACUGUCACGAAAUACUACAACUUCCGAGUUCCCACCCUCCACUACGCGAACGAUGAGGUCCGUACUGAUCACCGGCACUAACCGCGGCCUCGGCCUCGGGAUGGUCAAAUAUCUCACUGAACACGCCAAACCGAGCAAAAUUAUUGCAACGUGCCGAAAAACCUCCGAGGAACUAAGUAAAUUAUCUGAAGCCAAUAAAAAUAUCACUAUUAUGCACCUAGAUGUAACUAAUAUUGGUAGUUACGGUGAAUUUGCAACUCAAAUAGCAAAGAUUGUCGGCAAUCAAGGUCUCAACUUGCUUAUUAACAAUGCUGGAGUCACCACAAAAUUCACGAAACUUGGGUUAGUAAAAGCUGAGCAACUGAUGGAUAAUCUUACAGUAAACACCGUCGCGCCGAUAAUGCUCACAAAGAGUCUGCUUCCUCUGCUGAAACAAGCCGCAGACUCCAACAGCGGGUUGCCGAUGGGAGCUCAACGAGCGGCCAUCGUCAACAUGAGCUCCAUACUCGGUUCCAUAGCGCAGAAUAAAGACGGAGGUUUCUAUCCUUAUAGAUGUUCUAAGGCAGCACUGAACGCAGCUACAAAAUCAAUGAGCCUCGAUCUGAAGAAGGAUAUGAUACUAGUGGCGUCCAUGCACCCGGGCUGGGUAAACACUGACAUGGGCGGUAAAAAUGCACCCUUAGACGUACCCACAAGCGUUAGCGGGAUAUUCAAAACUAUAGACAAUUUAGGAGAAGCGGAUACGGGCAAGUUCUUGCAGUAUGACGGCUCUGAGUUGCCAUGGUAAACAAUUAAUAUUCGGAGAUUCUGCCAUGCAAUUUUCUACCACUUUUUUUUUAUUUUUAAAGAGAAGACAGCUGUUUAGCUUUGGUCUCGACGGAGGGCACUGGAUAAGUUAAGAAUUGAGCAAACAUUAUUUUAUUUUGAUGUUAUUUUUUUUAGAUACUUAAAAUUUAUAGAUUACAAUAAAAAAUAACCAUAAUAAAUACCUACCUACAUUUAAACAAUCUGGACUCUAUAAGAACCUAAGUAGAAACCCAUUUAACUGUAAAGUACCAACAUCGAAUCCAGUAUAACAAAUGGUAUUCAGAAUGGGUCCUCAAUACAGAGCUGAAACAGAUAUUUGCGGGCUAUUCAACCAUUUGUCUCGGUAGUAGUUUCACAGACGAUUCACUGAUCCAAAACCAGUAAUUCUCCUCCUAUGGUUUGUAAGGGAGACAUACAGUGCUUGGACAAUGUUUCCCCUAACAGUGUUCAACUUUUGCAACCGUCCAUAACCAUUUUACGCCUCCAUGAGCAUAAAGCCGGAGAUACUAUUUGUGCGUGGACUUGCUCGCUUGAUUUCUUAGUUCUCAUAUUUUUUUAAGUUCAUACUUUAUAGUGUUUCACAUAAACUUUAACGUAUAAUUAGACGUAAGAAAAAUAUGUUUAAGGAAUAAGGUUUUUGUUACAAAAUAAAACAGCAAAUAUUUUAUCAAAUUGUUUUAUUUCAAGAGUACAAUAAAGGCUCUAUAACCGGA